AUGAUUUGCGCAAUAUGUUCAUUUUGGAGCCACACAUACGAUGGAAUUGACGGGAUACAAGCACGACGAACGUCAUCAGUUAGUCCAGUUGGUGAAUUUUUUGAUCACGCAUUAGAUGCAUGCAAGGUAUUUCCAUUCAUCAUAACAUUAUUUGCGCCCUUCAACGAGAGUAACUCCCGCAUUUCAUCCUUAUGUUCGCUAGCGUUGCUAAUUGAAAUGUUGACUGCUCACACAUUUGCUUUCUGGGAACAAUACAUCACCAAAAUUAUGUGUCUUAGGUGGUGUUUUGAAGGAUUUUAUGUCUCAAAUUUAUUGCACAUAUUGGCCUACUUUGAUGGCGACAAUUUGGUAACAGCAUGUUUGUUCAAUAACUGGAAAGUGUGUGAUCUAAUUAUGCUCAUUUUCAACGUGUGUUGUAUAUCAAACAUCCUAUUCUCGCUGUAUCACAUCUAUCAAUUCUAUGACUCGCAACCGGUCUCCGAAAAGCAGAGUAUGAUCUGCUGGAUCCAGCCGAUUAUUCCAGCCCUUGAGCUGAACGUGGCUGCAUUCUUAUGGGCGCUAUUUUCACCGGGUAAAGUACUUGCCCAAGAUUUACCUAUUUUCCUGUUCACCAUUGCGAUAGUUAAUGCGAAUAUAAAUAGUCGAUUAAUAGUCUCACACAUGAGUGACUCUUGCGCUCAAAUGUGCAACACAGCGGUGAUGUUGUACUGUUCGGCUGCGCUGUUCUCAAUGACGAAUAUUCUGAGUGCAGCAGGAGAAUUACUGCUGCUGAGAUCGCUGGCAGUUUUUUUGUUUGUUGCACACGUGCACUACUUCUUCAGUAUAGUACGGGAAAUGUGCAGAAAGUUGCAAAUCGAAGCUUUUUCUCUACAUUAUUUGAAGAGAAGUAACAUGAGAAAACAAGGAUAG